AUGUCAAUAAAAUUAAGAGAGUUAAUUCGAAACAUACGAAGUUGUAAAACUGCGGCUGAAGAAAGAUCAGUUGUUGCUAAAGAAUGUGCAUUAAUUAGAACUGCAUUUAAGGAAGAAGAUAAUAUUUAUAGGCAUAGAAAUGUGGCUAAACUUUUGUUUAUAAAUAUGCUAGGUUAUCCUACUCAUUUCGGACAAAUAGAAUGUUUAAAAUUAAUUGCGUCAAAUAAAUUUUCUUAUAAAAGAAUUGGAUAUUUGGGAUUAACUAUAUUGUUAGAUGAAAAUACUGAUAUUUUAAUGCUUGUAACAAAUUCCAUUAAGAAUGAUUUGAGAAAUAGUAAUCAGUAUAUCAAUGGAAUAGCUUUAUGUGCUUUAGGAAAUAUUGCAAAUAGUGAAAUGUGUACUUCUUUAAGUCAUGAAAUCCUUGAUAUGAUCAAUAUUAAUAAUCCCUACAUAAAAAAGAAGGCGACCAUGUGUGCUAUUCGUAUAUUAAAAAAAACAAAUGAUAUAGAAGAAUUAUUUUUAGAUAAAAUUAGUAAUUUGUUAGAUGAUAGAAACCACGGUGUUUUGAGUGCAGGAAUUAGUUUAAUGAUUACAUUAAUAGAAAAAAGGCCUCAAUACAAAAACAUUUUAAAAGUUCAUACAAAUAAACUUGUUAAAAUUUUAAAAAGUUGUGUUAUGUCAGGAUAUUCACAUGGAGCAGAAUACGAUAUAUAUGGUAUAAAUGAUCCUUUUUUGCAAGUUAAAAUAUUAAAAUUAUUAAAAUACUUAAACUCAGAAGAAAAUGUUAAUGAAAAUGAAUCUGAAACAAAAUAUAUCAAUGUGAAAAUGGAAGGAACAGGAAAUCACUUUAACAACACACUUAGUGAAAAAGAAUUAAGUAAGAGCAUAUCUAAUGAUAAUUUAUCGAAAGAAAAUAAUUUAGAAGUAAAAAAUAAUAUUAAUAUAAAUGAAAAUAAUUCCUAUGAUAUGGAAGAGGUAAAUUCUAUAUUGGCACAAGUAGCUACUAAUACUGAUUCUCUGAAAAAUGUAGGAAAUGCAAUUUUAUAUGAAUGUGUUAAAACAAUAACCUAUAUAUCUACAGAUCCUGGUUUAUUAGUAUUAGCUGUAAACGUUUUAGGAAAAUUUUUACAGAACAAUGAUAAUAAUAUAAGAUAUGUUGGUUUAUGCACUUUGCAAAAAUUAUUAAAAAAAGAUCCUAAAACAUUACAUAUAUAUAGAAAUACUAUUAUAGAAUGUUUAAAAGAUCAGGAUAUUAGUAUAAGAAAGAAAGCCUUGGAUGUUGCUUUUGCACUUAUUACAAAAGAAUCUUUAAAAACUAUGGUGAAAGAAUUAUUAAACUAUUUAUUAGUAGCUGAUAUAGAAAUUAAAAGCGAUAUUGUUUCUAAUAUUUGUGUUUCUGUCAAUAAAUAUGCACCAAAUAUUCAAUAUUUAUUAGAUACAUAUAUAAAAUUAUUCUGUUUAGCUGGAAAUUUUAUACAAGAUCAUAUUAAAGAUGACUUUAUUUAUUAUCUUUUACAAAAUCCCAAAUUUCAUUCAUAUGUGGUAUUUAAGCUUUUUUUUUCUAUUAGAGAAAACUUAGAUCAGUAUGCAUUAAUACAAGUUGGUAUAUGGUGUAUUGGGGAAUUUGGAGAUUUAUUAAUUCAAGAAAAAAAUAUAGGCCCAGAUCAAGAAGUGAUAACUGUCACAUAUGAUGAUAUUUUUGAUUUAUUAGAAAAAAUAAUUAAAACGUAUGAAGGUAAUAGCAUUAGGGAAUUACACAACAUAAACAUAAAAGACCCUAUCCAUAAUAUUAUAUAUAAUAAAUCUUUAAAUAUUUUGGAAGACACUUCUAAUAGUAGCAAUUUUAAUAUAUGUUGUAACAUAAAUGAAAAUAUAAAUAAUGAUGAUAAUAACAUUAUUUUACAAUAUAUUUUAAUUUGCCUCAGUAAAUUAACAGUAAGGAUUCCUUCUCAAAAAAAGAAAAUAGAAAAAAUAAUUCAAAAAUAUAAAAAAAAUAAAUGCAUAGAAAUACAACAGAGGGCGUGUGAAUUUCAUGAAUUUAUGAAUCCUCAGUGGGAUGAUAUUAGAGACUAUGUUUUAUUACGUAUGCCUUGUAAUAAAAAAAUAAAUAAAAAAAAAGAAUUACAAGAAAAUGAAGAAUGUGUAGAUUAUGAUGAUAAAACUGUUGAUAUUUCUAAUAAGAAGAAUACAGAAAAUUAUGUAAUUAAUGAUAAUUUAAAUGAUACUUAUGUAGAUUUAUUGGACCUUGAUGAUGUACUAGGAUUACAAAACUCAAACAAUAAAAGUAAUGAUAAUUUUGUCGGAAAAGAUAACCCGGAUAUAAGUAAUAAUCUUACUAAAAAUAAUAAUGACAAUAUAAAUGAAAAUUUUAACAAAAAAGGAGACCUUAAUAUUAUUGAUGCUUUUAAUACUAAUGAUAAUUUAAAUAUAAAUGAAUAUGUAACAAAUAAAGAAACAAUUAUUGAUAAUUUAUCAAAUACUAGUACGAAAAAUGAAAAUGACUUAGAGAUUAUAAAUAAAAAAAAUGAAGAUAUCUUGGCAGACCUUUUUGGAAAUAUUUCAAUAGAUCAAUCAAAAAAUAAUUUAAAAAAUAUUACAAAUGGAAAUGAAAACGAUUCUUUAAAUUUGCUUUUGGAUGAUAUACAAACAGAUGAGAAAAAUGAUAUUUUAAAUUUGAAUAUGAUAGAUGAAAGAGUAGAACAAGUUCAAAUAAAUCCUAUGAAAAUAUAUGAAAAAGAUGAUAUUGAAAUUAUAUUUAAUUUUGAAAAGGAAAACUUAGAUUCAGAAAUUACUAUUAUUAAAGCUACAUAUUCAAAUAAAUCAAAUACAUUAAUAAUUCCUAAUUAUAUAAAUUUAGAAAUAUUCCCAGCUUCAUCCAGCGAAUUAUUACCUUUCGAAAAGACAAAAAUUACUCAAAAUCUAAAAAUUGUUAAUAAAUUAUUUAAAAAAAAACCUGUUCUUAUGAAAGUUAGACUAUCUUAUUUUAAAAAUAAUGAAAGAUUUCAAGAUUUUAUAAAUAUAGGAAAUUUUCCUGAUACUUUAUAA